ACACGUCGUUUCUUCUUCCGGUACACGUAAACAUGGCGGCCCCCAUCCCGCUGCUGGCUGUGCGUGGGUCAGACGGGACGUCUCUCCUCUCUGGUCCUCCCUCAUGUGAGCAGCACUCAGCCUUCCAGAGGGACUCUCGGUCCAGCAGGUGUGUGACCUUCAGCAGAGACGGGACGCUGUUCGGCUGGUGCAACGGACUCAAUGUCUCUGUGGUGAAGUCUUCAGAUGGCUCUGUUGUCUCCUCAUUGGACCUACCAAAGACGUCUCAUCUGGAUUUUUCUCCUCUCAACAACAUUCUGGUCACCUGGCAACCGUACAGCAAGCCUAAAGACAGUGCUCAGGGUGAAGCCAACCUCCAGCUGUGGGACUUACAGAGCGGUCAGCUGAUCAAAUCUUUCUAUCAGAAGAAGUUGGACUCAUGGUGUCCCAGCUGGUCUGAAGACGAGCAGAUCUCCGUGAGGAGCGUCAACAACGAGCUGCACUUCUACGAGAACAACGACUUCAACCUGAUCUCCAACAAGCUUCACAUGCAGAAGGUGUCUGACUUCGUGUUGUCUCCUGGAGGACAACCCAGCAAGGUCGCCGUCUACGUCCCCGGCAGUAAAGGAGCCCCCUCGUUCGUCCGUCUGUACCAGUACCCGGUUCUGGGAGGACCCACCGCCGCCCUCGCCAACAAGAGCUUCUUCAAGGCCGACAGAGUCAGCAUGCAGUGGAACAAGAAAGGCUCGGCGGUCCUGGUGACGGCGAGUACCGAGGUGGAUAAAAGUGGAGCUUCAUAUUACGGCGAACAGACGCUUCACUUCCUGUCAGUGAGCGGAGAGACGGCUCUGGUCCAACUACAGAAGACCGGACCCAUCUACGACGUGGUCUGGAGUCCCAGCUCGGCAGAGUUCUGCGUGGUCUACGGCUUCAUGCCGGCCAAAGCCACCGUGUACGGCCUCAAGUGUGACCCGCUGUUCGACUUCGGAACCGGACCGCGGAACGCUGCCUACUACAGUCCUCGGGGUCACAUCCUGGUCCUGGCCGGCUUCGGGAACCUGCGGGGUCAGAUGGAGGUCUGGGACACCAAGAAGUACAAACAGGUGUCCAAACCUCAGGCACCAGACGCCACACAUUUCUCCUGGUGUCCGGACGGCGAGCAUGUCGUCACGGCGACGUGUUCUCCCCGGCUGCGUGUCAGUAACGGUUUCAAGAUCUGGCACUACACCGGCUCAGUGCUGCACAAACAGGACACGCCCGCCGGCUCAGAGCUGUGGGAGGUCCGCUGGCAGUCCUUCCCUGAAGGCAGCUUCCCAGAGCGGGCCAUCAAGUACCAGGCAGCUCCCAGCGAGCUGGGGACCACACAGGCCACGCCCACUCAGGCCUACCGCCCACCUGCAAUGAGACACCUGCCGGCCACGCCCAGCUCCAAACUGCAUGAGGAGGAACUUCCUCAGAACCUUCGUCCAGGAGAGAAAAGUCUCUCCAAGGCAGCUCUGAAGAACCAGAAGAAACGAGAGAACAAGAAGGCUGCUAAACAGGAGGCGAAACCUGAACCUGAACCUCCGUCUGACCCCGCCCACAUCAGUAACAGCCAAUCAGAGCCGAGCAGUGGCGACCCCGAGACGGACAAGAAGAUAAAGAACGUAAAGAAGAAACUUAAAGCCAUCGAGGAGCUGAAGGAUCAGCAGGCGUCUGGAAAAGUUCUGCAGAAGAACCAGCUGGAGAAGCUGCAGAAAGAAGAUCAGCUGCUGAAGGAGCUGGAGGAGCUGCAGAUCGCUCCAUGAGCGACAGGCCACUGCACCCU